AUUUGUUAGCAGAGGAGGUUUGGCUUCACAGAGAAGGGGAGCUUGAGCAAGAAGUACUGGCAGAAGACUAGGAGUUCACCAGGAGUUCUAGGCAGAGGGCAAGCUUAUGCAACACCACUGAAGCAGCACGGAGAAAGAUGGGUGACAAUGGCACAUUUGCCCAGGCCAGCUACAGCGUGCAGCCCACGUCGCAUUCUCUGUUUACAUCCAAUAUCCAGGCCGGCAAUGAAGAACCCACCACCAAUUAUGACUAUGAUUACAGCUUGCCUUGUCUGAAGGUCAAUGUGAGACAGACCCUAGUUGGGCUUCUGCCUCCGCUCUACUCGCUGGUGUUCAUCUUUGGUUUUGUGGGCAACAUGCUGGUCGUCCUCAUCCUCAUCAACUGCAAAAAGCUGAAGAGCAUGACUGACAUCUACCUGCUCAAUCUGGCCAUCUCUGACCUGCUCUUCCUUCUCACCAUCCCAUUCUGGGCCCACUACGCCGUGUACGGUUGGCUCUUGGGGGAGGUGAUGUGUAAGUCAUUCACCGGGCUGUAUCACGUUGGGUAUUUUGGAGGAAACUUCUUCAUCAUCCUCUUGACCAUUGACAGGUACCUGGCGAUCGUCCACGCUGUGUUUGCAUUAAAGGCCAGAACGGUCACUUUUGGGGUGUUGACAAGUGGAGUCACCUGGGCCUUGGCUGUCUUCGCCGCUCUCCCCGGGAUCGUCUUCGGGGGACUGGAAGAGGAAGAUAUUACCUUUUGCAGCUCUAAAUUUCCAAAAGCAUGGAAGAAUUUUCAUACAAUCAUGAGGAGCAUCUUGGGCCUGGUCCUGCCCCUGCUUGUCAUGGUCAUCUGCUACUCGGCCAUCCUCAAGACCCUGCUUCGGUGCCGAAACGAAAAGAAGAGGCACAAGGCAGUGAGGCUCAUUUUCGUGAUCAUGAUGGUUUACUUUCUUUUCUGGGCUCCCCACAACAUUGUGCUUCUCCUGAGCACCUUCCAGGAGUCCUUUAAUGUGAGCAACUGUCAGAGCACCAGUCAGAUGGACCAAAUCAUGCAGGUGACGGAGACCCUUGGGAUGACGCACUGUUGCAUCAACCCCAUCAUCUACGCCUUCGUGGGAGAGAAGUUCAGAAGGUACCUCUCCGUGUUCUUCCGAAAGCACAUCGCCAAACACCUCUGCAAACAAUGCCCAGUCUUCUAUGGGGAGCCCGCGGAUCGAAUGAGUUCCACAUACACGCCUUCCACGGGGGAACAGGAGGUCUCAGUUGGCUUGUAGAGGAGUAGAAGGUUGCUUCUUGCUUUUGAUGGGGGACGGCAAUCGGUUUAUGAUAAUAAAGCCUCAAAGGUCUGUUGAAGAAGGGAGGCCUGUGAGUCUCUGAGGUGAGUGCCCAGGAACCUCAGGGUCAUGGGCACCAAGACAGACUGUGCCCCUCCCUGGGUAGCCAACGCACACUCAGAGGAUAGUCCAGAACAACUGUGGGUAGAGACCAGGACUUCUCCAAUGAGCUCCUCCCAGUUCCUGGAAAAUGCCGCAUCUGGAAAAUACUUAUGUGCUUCUCCCAGCCUUCACCUUUGCUUCAGUAGCUCUGCUAUGCUAUCCCUUUGGACAGGGGCUCAGCUGGAGGGGGGAGGGGGGCGAGUGGGCACAGGUGGAUGCGUGAGGGGGGGUGGGGUGAGGGCCGAGUGCCAGGAGGUGGGAGGUGUGCACAUGGCUGAGCCUGAGUGAGGAGGAAAGGAAGGUCUUCGUCGGUCCAGCCAGAUAGUUGUGCUACCCCCAGCCCUGCUUCCCACCAAUAUUAACUUGGAAGGCCCCACCGGCUCAGGGAGAGCUUGGGAACCCCAAGAACCCUCUGAGAGCUUCGUUUGGGUCCGAUCACCUCUCCCGUGUAAGUACAUGACACACAUUUGCUAAUUUUCCAUUUAUCCAUGACAACCAUGCAGCCUGCACUGGAAAUCUCUUACCUAUCAUGCCUCACUGUUCACGUGUGUUGUAAGCCACAUUCCCGCUAUGUAAAAAUGCAUGAACAUGUUUGUUGA